ACAAGUGUAACAGGGGACACUCAUCAGAGUUCAUUGGAAAAACAACAAGAACCAAACAGCACCUGACUGAAUGCAGACCUCUCACACCUGUUCGGGGAGCAGAUUUGGAGGAAAAAUGGCACUUCUCCUGGGCCUUCUCUGCACCUUGUGCCUGGUUGGGCAAGUUCUUGGCCAGGACAUAACUCAUGAGGAAUAUUUGGCCCAGAUUCAAGCCUGCCCUCGGGAGUGUAGCUGUCCCCCCAACUUCCCUCGUGCUGUCUACUGUGACAAUAAGGGCUUGAAGAGUAUUCCCAAAAUUCCUCCACACACAUGGUAUCUUUACCUGCAGAACAAUUUAAUCGAAGUGCUGUCAGCAGAUGCCCUUCGUAACGCCACACAGCUGCGCUGGCUGAACCUGAACCGCAACAAAAUCACUAGUGAAGGAGUGGAAGAAGGUGUCCUAAGUACAAAGCCUAACCUGGCGCACCUCUACAUGGAUGACAACCUCUUGUCCUCUGUGCCAUCUGCCCUUCCAGCCAGCCUGGAGUCUCUACGUCUGUCCCGCAAUCGCAUCUCCAAGAUCCCUCCUGGUGUCUUCAUUGGUCUGGAUAAACUUAACCUCUUGGACCUCCAGGCGAACAAGCUGAUGGAUGAUGCUGUGACCGAGGUGAGCCUGAAAGGCCUAAACAACUUGGUGCAGAUCAACCUGGCCAAGAACCAGCUGAAUAGCAUGCCUAUUGGCUUACCUCCCACCACUACCCAGCUUUUCCUUGAUGACAACAACAUUGAGAAGAUCCCCGCUGGCUACUUCAAAGGUUUACCAAAAGUGGCCUUUCUGAGGCUCAACUACAACAAGCUUGGCAGCAGUGGAGUUCCCAGAGAUGUGUUUAAUGUGUCCAGCAUUUUGGAUUUGCAGCUUUCCCACAACCAGCUGACUGAGGUUCCCCUCAUUCCCGCUGGCCUUGAACACCUUCACCUCGACCACAACAAUAUAAAAAGUGUAAGUGGCGCAAACAUCUGUCCUGUCGCCGUUGAGGCUAUGGAAGACUCCUCCAACGAAAGUGUUCCUCGCCUGCGCUACCUCAGACUGGACGGCAAUGACAUUAAGCCACCAAUUCCCAGAGAUGUCAUUCUGUGCUUCCGUCUCCUGACGUCCAUUGUCAUCUAA